AUGGCUCUGGAAAGCGUGUGGGCUCCACAGGCAGCAAACAUAGGUGAUGGGCCUGGCAAGAAAGUGGGUGACCAGGCCUCCAUGCAGACACAGCUCCUCCAGACAGCCUCCCUCAAGGAUGGCCCGGCCAGGCGGGCAGUGUGGGUCGGCCGUAACUCUUCAGAGCCAGAAGAGCCUACAAAAUCAACAGUGGCCGAGAGGCGGCCCAAGUUAGGGGUGACCAAAGCAGUGGUCGUGGACCUUGGCACUGGCUACUGUAAAUGUGGCUUUGCUGGCCUGCCAAAGCCCACCCACAAGAUCUCGACAACAGUGGGCAAGCCCUACAUGGAGACAGCCAAGACCGGGGACAAUCGCAAGGAGACGUUUGUGGGGCAAGAGCUCAUCAACCCAAAGGUUCGUCUCAGGCUGGUUAACCCCCUGCGCCACGGCAUCAUUGUGGACUGGGAUACGGUGCAGGACAUCUGGGAGCAUCUCUUCCGACAGGAGAUGAAGAUCGCCCCGGAGGAGCAUGCGGUCUUGGUUUCAGACCCGCCCCUGAGCCCACACACCAACAGAGAGAAGUAUGCCGAAAUGCUGUUUGAGACCUUCAACACCCCCGCUAUGCACAUCGCCUACCAGUCCCGCCUGUCCAUGUACUCCUACGGGCGGACCUCCGGCCUGGUGGUGGAGGUGGGCCAUGGCGUGUCCUACGUGGUCCCCAUCUAUGAGGGCUACCCCCUGCCCAGCAUCACUGGAAGGCUGGACUACGCAGGCUCUGACCUGACCGCCUACCUGAUGAACCUGCUGAACAACGCUGGGAAAUACUUCAGCGAGGACCAGAUGUGCAUUGUGGAGGACAUCAAGAAGAAAUGCUGCUUCGUGGCCCUGGACCCCAUCGAGGAGAAGAAAGUCCCUCCCACAGAGCACGCGAUCCAGUAUACUCUGCCCGAUGGGAAGGAGAUAUACCUCUACCAGGAAAGGUUCCUCUGCGCUGAGAUGUUCUUCAAGCCCUCUCUGAUCAAGUCCAUGCAGCUGGGCCUUCACACGCAGACUGUGUCCUGCCUUAACAAGUGCGACAUUGCCCUCAAGCGGGACCUCAUGGGGAACAUCCUGCUCUGCGGAGGCAGCACGAUGCUCAGCGGCUUCCCCAACCGCCUGCAGAAGGAGCUAAGCAGCAUGUGUCCCAACGACACCCCGCAGGUGAACGUGCUGCCGGAGAGGGACACUGCGGUGUGGACCGGAGGCUCCAUCCUGGCCUCGCUGCAGGGCUUCCAACCCCUGUGGGUCCAUCGCUCUGAGUACGAGGAACACGGGCCCUUCUUCCUCUACAGAAGGUGCUUCUGA